AUGGAGCUAGACGCUACCGAGAAACGACAGCAGCAAUUGUCAAAGGAAGAGCUCGAUCGACGAAGAAAAGAACAGUUAUGCUUCAACUGCGGAAAAGCAGGGCACCGAUCGAAAGAGUGCAGAUCACCAAGAAAAGGAGCCAACGGUGGGACACCGAGGAGGUCCGGCACCAAGGAGCUCAGAGCAACGCGAGAAAUCAACGAGAUUGUACAGCCCGCGAGAGGCGCAUACGACAUGAGUUGGUGGCCUUUGGACGCAACAGACGCGCAAGGACCAACAGAAGAAUCAUGCAUUGUCCAAAGAUCGCAAGACGAAAGCGACUACCCACGAAUUCCCGACAACGUGGAAGAGGCCACAAGGAGAUUAGCGAAUUCUCCACAGAUGUUCAGCAAAGCAACCGAGAAGCUUCUGAACGCAACACGCUAUGACGAGGAUUGGGAGGAAAGACAGUUCCAAGACCCAGAGAUAUCCGAUAGCGAAGACUCAGAACACU